AACCCCAUUAAAACGUCAGAAUCGCCAUAUUGUGAGAAACAGGAAGAAACCUAACAUAUCAAGAGCUACAUUGCUAUAUUUACACAGUUAUUAUACAGAAAAAAGACUUGUAAUACUUCAUAGUGAAAAUGGCAGAUGAUUUUGAUGUAGAAGCUAUGCUUGAAGCACCUUACAGAAACAAAGAGAUACCCAUUGUUGCAAAUGUGUCCACAGAAAUUUGUCUUCAAAGUCCAGGAUGAUGGAAGAGGAGAUGCUUCAUCUUAUGACAGAGGAGACCGAAGGAAAAGAAGAGGUGAUGAAGAUAGAUACAGAGAUAGAAGAGAUCGGGAUAGAGGAGAAAGUGACCGUGAUCGUAGAAGAGAUCGUGAUAGAAAGAGAAAUGACCGUAGCAGGGACAGCAGAAGAAGCCGAAGUAGGGAAAGACGUAGGAGUCGUGAUAGAGGAAGUGGCAGGAGAAGUAGAAGUUUUGACAGAUUCAAGAAGAGGUCUCCACCAAGGAGAAAAAGUCGCAGCAGGUCUCGUGAAAGAGGGAGAGAUCGUAGCUCUAGUACAAGUCCCUUCAAAUUCACUAGAUUAGCAGGACCUGAUCUUACUCCAGAAGAGAGAGAUGCAAGAACUGUUUUUUGUAUGCAGCUUGCAGCCAGAAUUCGUCCCAGAGAUCUGGAAGAAUUUUUCUCUUCAGUUGGAAAGGUUCGAGAUGUCAGAUUGAUUAUGGACAACAAGACAAGAAGAUCCAAAGGAAUUGCAUAUGUUGAGUUUUAUGAUACAGAAUCGGUGCCAUUAGCUAUUGGACUCACAAAUCAAAAACUUUUGGGUGUUCCUAUAAUUGUGCAACCAUCACAAGCAGAGAAAAAUAGACUUGCCAAUGCUACAAACAUAUUAACAAAAGGAUUAAAAGGACCUAUGAGAUUAUAUGUUGGUUCUUUGCAUUUUAAUAUAACUGAGGAAAUGUUGCGUGGUAUAUUUGAACCCUUUGGCAAGAUUGACGAUAUUAAGCUGAUACGAGACCAUGAAACUACAAGAUCUCAAGGCUAUGGUUUUAUCACUUUCACUGAUGCAGAGGAAGCAAAGAAAGCUCUGGAACAGUUGAAUGGAUUUGAGCUUGCUGGUAGACCAAUGAAAGUUGGUCAUGUGACAGAGAGACAAGUUGAAUUACAACAGAAUUCCAUGUUAGAUAGUGAUGAAAUGGAUCGUGCAGGAAUAGAUCUCGGUGCAACUGGCAGGUUGCAAUUGAUGGCAAAACUUGCUGAAGGAACUGGAUUCCAGAUACCAGAGUAUGCAGCUUCUGCUUUAAACAUGGGACCUGGUCCUGCACCUCCAAAUGUGUCAGCAAUCAUGGGAAAUAAUCCACAGCCACAACAACAGUCAGCCCCACCUAUAGCUACUCAGUGUUUUAUGUUGUCCAACAUGUUUGAUCCCACAUCGGAAACGAAACCUAGCUGGGACCAAGAAAUCCGAGAUGAUGUUAUAGAUGAAUGUAAUAAACAUGGUGGUGUUUUACAUUUGUUUGUUGACAAAGCAUCACCACAGGGCAAUGUUUAUGUCAAAUGUCCUACCAUAGCAGCAGCAGUGGCAUCAGUCAAUGCAUUACAUGGUCGUUAUUUUGCAGGCAAAAUGAUAACAGCAGCCUACGUUCCACUACCUAACUAUCACUCCUUAUUCCCGGAUGCCGUCAGAGCCAAUCAACUGUUGUUGCCAUCCACACAAGCUUUACAGGCAGGAUAUUCAGGGAUAUUUAACAACAUGCAACAGCAGCCAAUGAUCCGAUGACUUUAACAUGUUUUUACUGCGGGGGAGAAAUGACUUUUUUAUGUGAAGAGACUUGACUUUUAACUGUAAAUUGUAUCUAAUGCUGAAAACAGUGAUUGGUUAGUUAUUUAUAUUAUAAACUAUCUGACAGAGAGAAUGCAGGAAUUUAUACAGUAAUGAAUGUUGAUCAUGUGGAUGAUCUUACAAGGAAUAAAAGUUUUAUAUAUUGUUAUUUGUAAAAUAACCAAAAUCAAAAGUUGCAUGUUUAUUUGUAUCAGCUCAGUCAAUAAACAUGAAUUACUGGUGA